GUUCUUUUCUAUCCUUCUUUGAGCAUCUGGGGGAUCAAAUCUACGAGACAAAGGUGGUGGUAUAACGCACUGAUACUACAAGAUACAUGGAUAUGCUCCUCAAGCUAUUCUAAAACAGGAAAUAGAGUCAUGGAGAAAAUGAAACAGAUUUAAUCAGAAUGGCAAAGAAACUUUUCACAGCACAAAAGCGAGGAGAGACUCGUGCUGUCUGCUUGGGAAUCGGUAUGAUAGUUUGCUCUGUUAUGAUGUUUUUUCUCCUGGGUGUCACGGUGUUACCAUCAUAUUUAAAAAGUGUCUGGACUGAAGAAACUAUAUGCACGCUUAACAAUACUUCUUUCAAGGAGAAAGUAUGCUGCUCCUACAGCUCUAAUGGAGAAUGUGAGAAGACAUCAUUCUAUUACCCAUGUCUGGAGGUGUUGGUCAAUUUAAAUUACUCAGAAGACAUUUUCAUGCUGCAUCAUACAGAGAUAACUACUGAAGUUAAUCCUGAGUGCACAUACAUUCCAAGAUGUGACAAAAACUACACGGAAUUAAAAAUACAUGUGGAGGAAAUUCAGGAAAGAUUCAAGAGAAAGGGAACAUUUAACUGUUCCUAUGAUCCCAGAGGAAGACAGAAGAAUAUUAUUUUAGUCAGAAAAUAUGGACCCAGAUUUCUUAUUUCAUACUUUUUUUGGCCUGGUUCAAUGUUUACUGGUGGACUAAUAAUACUUAUAAUGGUAAAAAUAACUCAGUACUUGUCCAUGGUUUCUGUCCGGUCGAGCUAACCACUUAACUGACUGAUGAGGAAUGUUUUUUACAUUUGAACAGACUAACUACUACAAGAAAAUACAACUGAGGACAUAUUUCAUUCUCAGCUUACAGUAUGUAGUAGACUACAGUACAAGCCUUAAAUAUAGUUAUGCAUUGGACAUAAUGUUAUACAAUGAAGAUGUAAGGGCUAUUCUAAAUAAAAGCAUAUAAGCAUUGCACUAAUUUAGAAAAAGUAGUGUAGGAAAGCACGUGUGAAUAAUUGAACUAAUACAUCUACUAAUGCCUUGAAUAUAUUAGCAUCUAUUGCACAUAUACUAAUUUGUGUGUAAAAGUAAUAUUUUCCAAAGAGACCAUAUAAGAUACAAGAUGGUAUUGUUGAACAAAUCCCACCAAAAAUUUCAGAAAGGUCACUGUCUUCAAUUGAUGUUUUGGUUCAGUCAGUAUUUUCAAGGCAUCCAGAGCAACGAUGAAUAGUCUGAACACUGAGAUCAUAUAUGAGAUAAGCAUUUUGCAAAAUGUAUGUAAAUUGUUUUUACUAAAAUAAAAUUGCACACAGUA